CAGAGCUGCACAUCUCAGCCACCUCCUUCUCUCCAAAACAGGCAGAUCUCCUGAGCAGCCUCAACAAUGAGUACUUUUUCAAGGACCAGCGGCAUGUUAAGCGCAUAUUCUGGGGGCUCCUCUAGAAGCCUGGGUGGUGGGUCACUGCGGAGGACAUAUGCUUCAAGUGUUCAUGGUGGUGCAGGAGGUAGUGGAGCCAGAAUCUCUGUUUCCUCAGGUGGUUUUGGAGCUGCAGGCGGGGCAGGGGGUGGCUAUGGCUUUGGUAUGGGGGGUGGUGCAGGCUUUGGUGCAGGUUCUGGUGCAGGCUUUGGUGGAGGGUUUGGUGCAGGAGGUGGAAUGGACCUCCACGUUGGAGCCAGUGAGAAGGCCACCAUGCAGAACCUGAAUGACCGACUGGCCUCUUACCUGGACAAGGUACGCACCCUAGAGAAGGCCAAUGCUGAACUUGAGCUCAAGAUCAAGCAGUUUUUGGAGAGUAAAGCCGCCCCGUCUGCUCGAGAUUACUCAGCUUAUGAGGCCACCAUCAACAACCUGCAGGAUAAGAUCCGGGAUGCCAUUUGUGUCAAUGGAGGCAUUUUUCUGGCCCAGGAAAAUGCAAAACUGGCAGCAGAUGACUUUAAAACCAAGUAUGAGAAUGAGCUUGGCAUGCGCACAUCAGUUGAGGCUGACAUCAUUGACCUAAAGAGACUUCUGGAUCAGCUGACGUUAGCCAGAUCAGACCUGGAGAUGCAGAUAGAAGGCCUUAGGGAGGAGCUCAUCUUCCUUAAGAAGAACCACGAGGAGGAAAUGGCAGCUACCAGGAGCCAGGUGACCGGUCAGAUCAACGUGGAGGUGGAAGCAAGGCCACAAGAAGACCUGAGCAGUAUUAUGGCUGAGAUCCGUGAGCAGUAUGAGGGAGUGGCUGCUAAGAACCAGAAAGACCUUCAGUCCUGGUUUGACUCAAAAACGGAGGUGCUGACCAAAGAGGUGGCAGGAAGCACACAAAGCCUGCAAACAUCCAAGUCCGAAAUCUCUGAGAUCCGUCGUACAUUGCAAGGCCUGGAGAUUGAGCUGCAGUCACAACACAGCAUGAAAGCAGCACUGGAAGCCACUUUGGCUGAAACAGAGUCACGGUAUUCCAUGAAGCUCCAAGGCUUCCAGAUGCAGGUGGCAAGCCUGGAGGAACAACUGAUGCAGCUACGCGCUGACAUAGAGCGCCAGAACCAGGAGUACAAGAUGCUGCUCGACAUCAAGACACGACUAGAGCUGGAGAUUACAGAGUACAGGAGGCUGCUGGAUGGAGAGGGAAGUUUUGGCAGUUCAAAUGUCAGCACAACUAAAAAGGUUAUAGUGGUCACAGAGGAGAUGAAGGACGGCAAGGUGAUCUCCUCAAACACCACCACCACCUCAUAACCAGCCUCACACAGAAAACAUUGGGCAACGCUUGGAGGCUGCAAACCACCACCUGCAACAAGACAACUUCCUUCAAAGACUAAUUUGAAUGCAAUAAAAACUUCUCAGUUUGCUAA